GGGGCUGGCCAUGUGCCCCCGAAAGCAGGAAGGGUCCCAUCCCCGUUACAGGACGAGCGCCAGAUAUUACAACAGCCUCCCGGCCAUGAGUCUUAAACCUCGUUUGCUGUGAGGAGGCGGAUGCAGCAGAGCGGCGUAGCCGGAUCCUACCCUCUUGAGAGCAGCCAGGCUGCAGCUGCGGGACAGCGCUGGCUGGGCCGCCGCUGCAGGGAAGAGCCCGCAGCGCUUGGCACCCGGAAAGCCAGAUGUGGGUAGCUCCCGGUGACCACGGGAAACAAGCACAGCCUUAAAAAGGACAAGCCAGCCAGCCGCGCACGGAGAUAGCAACUAGAGAGAGGAAGCAAAGCAGCACAGCCUGAAUGAAGCCGCUCCCCCCGCCGGGUUCAGUUCCCUCCCUGCUCUCAGCGGAUGCUUUAAAGACCCGUCCCCAAGCCGCGCUGCUGCUGGGCGAUUGGCUGAAGCCGGCCCGCUCUCUUUCGCCGUUUGGCUCGUCUUCCUGCGUGGCUUCGCUUCUAUCAGUGUGUGCAGCUAGAUCAGGGAGGGUUUGCCGCGGGUUGAUACGUCUUGCUGGAGAGGGACGGGUGUUUGCAUGAAAACGGAAGAAGAAAGGCUCCCGCACGGCAGAUAAGAGCUUCAGUAGUUUUUUGGGGGGGCGGCUUUUUGGGGGGGGCGGCGGCGGCUCUUCAGACAAGAAAGGAAGAAGCGUAAGGAAAAGGGAGCGCGUGCGUAUGUGUCAAUCGCGCAAGAAGGGCGCGUGGAGAGGGCGGGCUCGGCCAGUUGCCUCUCGGAUCUUUCCCGCGAACUGCUGCCGCCGCGUUCAAGGUGGCGACGAGGCGGCCGUGAGCCGAGGGAGGCUUGUGACGUUGGCGGCCCGAGUGUGCGUGGCCACAGACUGGCGCGGAGGAAGAAAAGCGCCGCAGCCGCCUCGUGGCUCUGGGGUGGAGGAGGCGAGAAGACGGGCUGGGAGGAAGAGGCUUCUUCAGUGAGGCAGAGCGUAGCGUGUCCAGGGCAGGCGACAGAGCCUGCCUGCUUGCCUUCUCCCUCUGCCGGAGGCGGCGUCUUCGCUUGGCCGCGGCCGUUUCAGGGCCCGAGAGGGAGCAGGGUUUCUCGCUUCAGCUGCUGCAGCAGGCGAAGGAGAAUACAGAAAGAAGAGCAGCCGCGCUGCCUGGCGAGCGCAUCAUCAUCACCUGGCGCGGCCGCGGCUGCAAGGGCAGGGGCGGAGGGAAAAAGAAGGGCGGGGAGGGGCAGGGCGGCUGCCUGCCUGCUCGCCCGCCCGCCCAGGAGGCGCGGCGUGUUGCGUUGAGUCUCUCUGUUGCGGUAUAGUAGAGCCCAGUGGCGGGGUGACGCUUUGCAGUUUAAAGCGCCCGGAGCAGCCGCUGCCUGGCUAAGGAGGAAGGGACAGCACUCCACGGAGGAGUUGCGGUAGAAGAACUUGCUCCUCAUCCGGCCCGCCGCGCUGCCGUCGCCGUGUAAGGAGGAGCCAUGGAGGGGAAGCCGCCGCAGCCGCAGCCUCCUCACACGCCGCCUCCGCCACCUCGCUCCGGCUCUCCGAGGCUGAAAGCCCCAGCGAGGGGAGGAGGAGGAGCCGGCGGUACAGCCGGCACUGAGGAAGCGCCUCGUCUGCCGGCGAGUGACGGGGAUGCUCCUGCUGGCGGAGGCGAUGGCUCUCCAACGGAGCCCGGCACAGGGCUGGCUCCCGCCUCGGCUGCAGGGGAUGGUUUGUGCAGACCGCUGGGCCCCACGCCGAGCCAGAGCCGCUUUCAGGUCGACCUGGUGACGGAGAACUCCAAUCGAGCUGCCGCCGAGGAGGAGGCGAGGACGACGGAAGCGCCCCCCAAAGCCCCCGGGGAUGGGUCUGGUAAAGGCAGCGAGGAAGCCAAAGGCCGAUUCCGGGUGAACUUCGUGGACCCCUCGGCUGGAGACGAGAGCUCCGGCGAGCUCGGCGGUGGAGGCUUCGAAGGCUGCAAUGUCAGCUUCCAAAACGGGGGCGACACGGUGCUGAGCGAGGGGAGUCUGCAUUCCGGCUCUGGGGGGCACCAUCAUUACUAUUACGACACUCACACCAACACCUACUACCUGCGCACCUUCGGCCACAACACCAUUGAUGCCGUGCCAAGGAUAGACUAUUACCGGCAGACAGCCGCUGGUCUCGAGAAACUCAUCCGGCCCAGCCUCGCUGAGCUGCACGAUGAUCCCGACAAGGAACCAUUUGAGGAUGGCUAUGCAAAUGGAGAAGAAGGGACUCCUACUGGAGAAGCCACUAACACCUAUGCUGCUGAUGGUAAAGGGGUUGUCAAGUUUGGCUGGAUCAAGGGUGUAUUGGUACGAUGUAUGUUGAAUAUCUGGGGUGUGAUGCUCUUCAUCCGAUUGUCCUGGAUUGUAGGACAGGCUGGCAUAGGACUUUCGAUCUUGAUCAUUGCAAUGGCUACUGUUGUAACUACCAUCACAGGCUUGUCUACUUCAGCAAUAGCUACCAAUGGCUUCGUGAGAGGAGGGGGAGCAUAUUAUCUAAUUUCCAGAAGUCUGGGUCCAGAGUUUGGUGGUGCAAUAGGCUUGAUCUUUGCAUUUGCAAAUGCUGUUGCUGUAGCCAUGUAUGUAGUUGGUUUUGCAGAGACAGUUGUAGAACUGCUCAAGGAAAAUGGUGCAAUUAUGUUGGAUGAGAUGAAUGAUGUCAGAAUUAUAGGAGCCAUCACAAUUGUUGUUUUACUGGGCAUCUCUGUGGCAGGAAUGGAAUGGGAAGCUAAAGCACAGAUUGUUCUGCUAGUGAUCCUGCUCAUAGCUAUUGCUGACUUCAUCAUAGGAACAUUUAUUCCAACUGCUGAAAAGAAGUCUAAAGGUUUCUUUGGUUAUAAAGCUGAGAUAUUUUCUGAGAACUUGGGACCAGAUUUCCGAAACCAGGAAACUUUCUUUUCAGUAUUUGCUAUAUUUUUCCCGGCUGCAACAGGGAUUCUAGCUGGUGCAAAUAUCUCAGGUGAUCUUGCGGAUCCACAGUCAGCCAUCCCUAAAGGGACACUGUUGGCCAUCUUGAUCACUACAGUGGUUUACAUAGGAAUUGCAGUAUCUGUAGGUGCUUGUGUUGUUCGGGAUGCUACCGGGAGCUUGAAUGACACUAUUAAUGAGUGGACAAACUGCACUACUGCUGCUUGUAAGCUGAACUUUGACUUCUCCUCCUGUCAAAAGAAAGUCUGCGAUUACGGGCUAAUGAACAACUUCCAGGUAAUGAGUAUGGUAUCCGGAUUUGCACCACUGAUUUCAGCUGGUAUCUUCUCUGCCACUCUUUCUUCUGCAUUAGCAUCUCUUGUCAGUGCCCCUAAAAUUUUCCAGGCUUUGUGUAAAGACAAUAUUUAUCCUGGUUUCCUGAUGUUUGCUAAAGGCUAUGGGAAGAAUAAUGAACCUCUGCGAGGAUAUCUUCUGACCUUCUUGAUUGGUCUUGGAUUCAUAUUAAUUGCUGAAUUGAAUGUAAUUGCUCCAAUUAUCUCCAACUUCUUCUUGGCUUCCUAUGCCUUAAUUAACUUCUCUGUGUUCCACGCUUCACUUGCAAAAUCCCCAGGUUGGCGUCCUGCUUUUAAAUACUACAACAUGUGGGUGUCCCUAAUUGGAGCAAUACUUUGCUGCAUAGUGAUGUUUGUCAUUAACUGGUGGGCUGCACUCCUCACAUAUGUUAUCGUUCUAGGACUCUACAUUUAUGUAACUUACAAGAAGCCAGAUGUCAAUUGGGGCUCUUCAACUCAAGCCUUGACUUACCUAAAUGCAUUGCAGCAUGCUGUCCGCCUUACAGGUGUAGAAGACCAUGUGAAAAACUUCAGGCCGCAAUGCCUUGUGAUGAGUGGUGCUCCAAACUCGCGUCCAGCUUUGCUUCAUUUGGUCCAUGCUUUCACCAAAAAUGUGGGGUUGAUGAUCUGUGGCCAUAUACAUAUGGGUCCUCGCCGGCAAGCCAUGAAAGAAUUGUCUAGUGACUUGGCCAAAUAUCAGCGGUGGCUUAUUAAAAAUAAAAUGAAAGCAUUUUAUGCUCCGGUACAUGCAGAAGACUUGAGAGAUGGUGCACAGUACUUGAUGCAGGCUGCCGGUUUGGGACGACUGAGACCAAACACCCUUGUUCUUGGGUUUAAGAAAGAUUGGCAGUCAGCUGACAUGAAUGAUGUUGAAACUUACAUCAACUUAUUACAUGAUGCCUUUGACAUUCAGUAUGGAAUAGUUGUUAUCCGUCUGAGGGAAGGUCUGGAUAUUUCUCAUCUUCAGGGACAAGAAGAAUUAUUGUCAUCGCAAGAAAAAUCUCCAGUAACCAAAGAUAUUAUAGUAAAUGUGGACUACAGCAAGAAAACGGAGACGGUCACUUCUAAACCCGUGACUGAAAAAGCUCCUAUUCACAAAGAAGAGGAAGACGAUGGCAAGACAACGACACAACCACUUUUGAAAAAAGAUCCUAAAGGCCCAUCUGCUCCCCUGAAUAUCGCAGAUCAAAGAUUGCUUGAUGCCAGUUUUCAGUUUCAGAAGAAACAAGGCAAAAAUAACAUUGAUGUCUGGUGGCUUUUUGAUGAUGGGGGCUUGACACUGUUGAUUCCUUAUCUUCUGACGACAAAGAAAAAAUGGAAAGACUGUAAAAUCAGGGUGUUCAUUGGUGGAAAAAUAAACAGAAUAGAUCAUGACAGAAGAGCAAUGGCUACUUUGCUCAGCAAAUUUCGGAUAGAUUUCUCAGACAUCAUGGUCCUUGGAGAUAUCAAUACAAAGCCAAAGAAAGAAAACAUUGCAGCAUUUGAAGAAAUGAUUGAGCCAUUCAGACUUCAUGAAGAUGAUAAAGAACAAGAUGUUGCAGAUAAAAUGAAAGAAGAUGAACCAUGGAGAAUCACAGAUAAUGAACUUGAGCUACAUAAAACCAAGAGCCAUCGCCAGAUUAGAUUAAAUGAAUUACUGAAAGAACAUUCAGGCACAGCUAAUCUAAUUGUUAUGAGUUUGCCCGUUGCACGAAAAAGUGCGGUGUCAAGUGCACUAUACAUGGCCUGGAUAGAAGCUCUUUCAAAAGAUCUACCACCAAUUCUUCUUGUCCGUGGGAAUCAUCAGAGUGUUCUUACCUUCUAUUCCUAAACACUACUGCGUAACUUGCAGCUGUGAAGAAAUGGUACUUCAGUGCCUAAAGGAGAGAGACUGAGAUGUUUGAUUAAAAUAUUAACAUCACACACAGGCAAAAAGUGACUCCUCUUUCACUAUUCCACUGACUUGAAAGCACACAAGGAAAGUCACUGUACUCCUAAAGUUGUGAAAGCUUCAGUUUUCUUCUAAUUCUUCUGUAAUUUAAUCUUGCUUAAUGGGGGAGGAUUCUUUGUUAGACUGAAGAAUGAAUAAACAGGUUUUUCUUUGCUACUUGAGCGGCAGCAAUAAAAGUGUUUAUUUUUGAUCAAUGAAAGGAUUAUAGAUUUAUAAAAGCCUUUUAGCCUUGAGGUGCCUUCUGAAGUUAACCAAAUUUCAUCCAUAUACCCUAUUUUGUAAAUUUAUAAAGAAUGUCAGUCUGCCAUUGGCUAAAACGUUAGAUCAAACUUCAUUUAGUUUUUAGACUCUUCCAUCGUACAAUAAAAAGAAUGCUGCGUUCUGGUCUUCCAUCAAGGUAUUUGUUUUUACUGUUGUGUUUUUGAAUGGUGAUUUUUUAAAAAAAAAAUCUGUUUGAUCUGAAACAGAAGAGAGAAGUGGGACAAGUUGGUUGUAAUAAAAACCAAAUUCAUUAUGCUAAUAUCUAGGACUUUGCUAUUCAAUUUGUACCACUGAAUAAAGCUAAAUUUUACUAACUGAGAGAGGUCUCUUUUCAGAUCCCAUCCUAUCUACUUUUUCCAUUGGGCUGCCUUGGUGAAGGCUAGCAGGCCAGGCAUUGCUCUGUAGCUGUACUGUGAAACUGCAGUUCUGUUACAGGAUGGUGUAAAUGUUGGGAUGUUAUGGGAUACCAUCUAACUGGUAGAUGUUAUAUAGAAUAUUUUUAGAACCAUCUAAGUAAAGUUGUUUGUUCAUCUAGUGAAAUGGACCACAUUUUACUGAGGUAUUCCAAGGUCAGUUUGUUCAGUUGUCAGAAUCCAGUUUUGUCUUGCUUAAAUACUCAGGUUUGAUCCUCUUGACCUUACAUUUUAAUUCAUACGUGAUGUGUAUUCAAGAACUGCCAAUUUAUGUGCCCUCUUUUUGAGUGUGUGUGCGUGUGUAUGUGCGCGCGCGUGUGUGUGAGAUGAGUACAUUAUAUUUUUUACUCUAUGAACUGCUUACUGAAGAAUUACUUGAGGCUUUACAAUCGUUAGUAAUGAAUGAUUUAUGCCUGUUGUCUGUAAGGGUUGCCUAAAACUAUUUUUCAGCCCUUUGGCAUUAUCUUACUAGAUAGAAUAUCUAUCAUUUCAGUGUUUGUCAUUGGAGAUGCAGCAUAUAAAAAUGUGUGUUUAUGCUAGACAAGAUCAAAUUAAAUGAUCAAACAAUUUUGUGUUUCGGAAGGGCACAGUUACCAGUUCCUGAGACAAGGUGGUUCUUGAAAGUUUUGUGCAUUCUAGUAAGUCACAACUCUCGCUGUCUUUACCAAUGUUGAUUGUGUUCUGCCUUUUUCAGAAGUGCAAUACAAGUUGGCUGCCGGGUAGAGUAAAUCAUUGCCAGUAUCUAGUUUUCAAAGGAAAUUGAAAGUUAUAGUAAGAGCAGUUUACUUUCUGAAAAACAUUCCCAGUAUGUAAUUAACAGCAUUAAUUAUUACAGGUUUGCAGUGCUUAUUGGUGUGAUGGGUUGUGAUGGUAGAGGACAAUGUUCAAUGCAUCUGAAUUUACAUUUGUGUGUUAUGUACAGAUGGACAAUAGGGCAUGGAUUUAAGUGCUGCUAUCAUGAAAAAAUACACAGGUACACUUAUUCAAAGUUUUGCCCAUUCAGGAAAACUACUGCUUGUAAUUUGUAAAAGAAACCAAAUUGUCUGUGUGCGUGUGCUGUGUACAAAAUAGCAAAACUAUCUAAAUAUGCAUAUAGGGAUGGGAAUAAAAUAUAGUAUGUGAAAUAAUAAAGGUUUCUUCUCACAUGAGAACUCGUAUAUACACACAUGCACGCACACGCGCAACACCAAGUCAAAAAUUGUAACAUUUAACACUCCAAUAAACUUGUUAGCAAGAGGCAAGUUUGACAUAGCCAUUCCAAUUUCUAUUUAGUAUACACUUUCUUUUUUUGGAGACGUGUUUUCUUAAGUUUCAAUCAGUAAUGACUUGAAAUAAUUGUUUUCCAUUGACACUCAGCAAUACCAUUUCUGUAGUUGAAAUUUUAUUUUAUGGAAUUAGGAGGAGUUUAAAAAGUAGCUGAAGAAAUCAAUUAUUUAUUUGUUUUGUUAUGUUUGUAUUAGGGUUUCCAUUUUACAUAAUUCUUUUUAUAUGCUUUUCUGUUUGUAUUAAAAAUAAUUUAAGGAUUGAGCUUUGGUUGGUACUAUCCAAAAUUUGAAAAUGUCAUAUUUUGAUAAUACUGUACUGUAACUGUCACACACAAUGACUUUUCUAAUGUCUUAACAUUGAGUAUUGCAGUUACUACUCUGUAUUGGGACAGGAUCACUGCAAUAAAUGGGAGUAAAUUAAAUGAA